AUGUAUUCAAAUAGUCUUUAGAUUAUUCUUGUUCUGAAUACAAAUCAAAUGAUUGUUUAAUUAAUAAAUAUUAUUUAUUUUGGAAUGUGGUAUAAAAACUUUUCAAAACAAAGUUGGAAUCUUCGUGUUUGGAGAAAGGCUAACAUAUUGUUCAAUUAGGAUGAUAUUGGUAUGUUCAAAACAAAAGGAGUUUUGAGAUGGAAGGACACUGUAUUUAGAAUGGCAAGAAGUGAAGCUUGUCUUAGAGGAUUCAACUUUUUUUUCUUUGCUGGUAUGAUUGGAUCAUUCAUUUGGGUUAAAUCAAACUAUUAUGAUCCAAAAUAUGUUGCACCCAAAAAGGUGGAAAGCGAAAAGGAAUUGGAAAGAUUAGAUGCUGAAGCUGAUAAAAUAUUGUUCAAAAAUAGAUUAGAGGCCUAUUCAAGACCACAUAGAAGUUUGGAAGAUCUGAUUGCAUUCUUAUCAGGUUCAAAGACCUUUGAUUAGUUUGACUGAUUUCAUCAGUUAUGAAGAGAGCAAUGAAUAACAGUAUGGAUCAAUAAAAUGGUUUGGAUUCUUGGAUGGAUGACUAAGAUUAAAGAAUGCUUAAAUAUUACCAAAGAAGUAUUGGACGUACCCCAAAAUUUGAUUGAUUUUGCAAUACGAUCACAUAAGCAUAUAUAAAAUAUCUAUAGAUUGAUAAUUAUAAAA